AUGGCAAUACUAAGAGAAGCCAUUAGCAUUCCAAGAAGGAACAAGAAGCUCUUCAUCCCUGUCCUUCUUCUUGCUUUCAUUCCUUCCUCAUUUCUUCUCAUGGGUAAUUAUGUUUCAAUCUUUCCAUUCCUUUUCAAUUUCAUCAUAAAGUUACAUUUGCUAAGCAAAACACAUGCAAGCAAUCCAGAGUUUUACAGCAUUCUUGUUGGUUUGAAACAAGAUGCAGAGAGUUUGAUCCAUGUUGACAUUGUUUUCACUAUCUCUUCAUACAUCAUAUCAUUGUUUUCAAUGAUAAUCAUCAUUCAUGCAACAUCCAUGGUUUUCUCUGGCAAGCAAGUGACUGUAAAAGACUUGUUUUCGAUGAUCAAAAGACGAUGGAAAGGACCGGUUAUUACCCGUGUUUACUUCACCAUUUUGUGGAUUGGUUAUACUGUUCUAUCAGUGUGUUUGAUAGCAAUUCUCAUGCUGAAUUCAAAUGGAUCAGUAGGAGUGUUUUUGUUUGGUGGUUUUGUCGCUGUUUUGGUUCGGCUUUUUUAUGUAUACUUAUCAAUGGUUUGGAUGAUCGGGUUGGUGAUUUCGGUGUUAGAUGAAGCUUGUUAUGGUUUGGGGGCAAUGGGAAAAGCAGGGGAGCUAAUCGAAGGGAGAAAGUUGCAAGGAUUCUUCAUAUCAUUCACACUGUUGUGUUUCGAUACUAUGCUUAUCGGAAUUUAUAGCUUGAUAAUAUCGACGGUUCAUCCUCAAUUGAAGGUUCAGAAAGUCGGCGGAAUGCUAAUACUCACUGUAUCUGUUUUACUGAAGAUUUUCUCACAAAUGGUGUAUACUUUGUUCUACUAUGAAUGUAGGAAGAAUCAAGGGAAAUUGGAUGAAGAAUUAGGGGCCAUUUUCUACACAAGAGUCCCUAGUUCUUUAAAUGUCAAUGAUGUUUGA